AUGGUGGGCAUUGAGCAAGCCUACGAGGUCAGGUAUGUUCAGGUUCAAAGAGUCGUGCGGCCAAUGUUUGUGAAAGUGAAGCUGGAGGACUGGUGUCCUGCUUGCAGUGCCUGCCAGGACCUAGAACCGAGUUGCAACAUUACAUUCAGCGAUGGCCGGCCGCCCUAUGUCUGCUUUGCACGGACAGGAGACGGAGACAUCAUCAGGCGCUUCCCGGUUGUCGCGAGCAUUGGGUAUUACUUGGUGGCUUUCUAUUUUAUUCUAUCUGGGAUUCAACUUAUCUGCUCAGCGCUUGGAACUUGUCCUCUGGUUGCAUCGACUGUUCUGGCAGUUUUGACUGCCUUCGCUGGCGGCACAGGAGUGAUUUGCAAUUUGGCGCCGCAAAGAUCCACAUACCUCAAGAUCGCCCUAGGUGUGAUCCUGACGCAGUGCCUGUUCCUCAUCGUCUUGAUCUUCAUGUCCGAGGGCCACAGCAUUAAACUUGGUUGGGUCGACUGGUACAACCUCUUGGCAUUUGCCCUGAACACCUUCGCCUUAAAAGGACCUGAAGUCUUGGCCGGAUUCUUCGAGGUUGACCUGCUGUGUUGCGUGCCUUGGCUUCCAGGUUGCUUCAAUCAGUAUGGGCCUCAAGGCUGGGUGCCUCUCGACCGCGCCAUUUUUGCUCAGCCUUUCGACCGCGUGGGAGAGAUGAGAUCGAGGCAAUCAGCCAUUCCCUUUAUUCACGACAGCGACGCUGAGAUCAGUGAUCACAAGGUGCUUCCAGUGGUGGAAGAUAUGUCGCAGAGCUCCGAGUUGAACUGCCGUGGCUGGCGCUUGCUCUGCGAGGGGGAGCCGUUGAAGGCGAUUGACGAGUUCUCCAAGGCCAUCGACGUGGACAAGAACUGUGCCGAGGCCUUCAACAACAGAGGCAUCGCCAAGGAGAUUGCCGGCCAGAAUGAAGCUGCCCAACAGGACUACGAGAAGGCGGACAGCUUGGCAGCGGAGGGGAAGAGCGGGAAGAGGAGCCUCGAGUUGAACAGAAAGUGGAAGCCCAUUGGCUGGCAGGCCCGUGGUGAGCCCGAGGCCAAGUGCAAGGCGGAGGAGGCCGACUUUUUGCUCUCCUUCGCGAAUCCCGAUGCUGCGAAGAACAACCAAAUCUUGACCUUGCUGCAGCAGGGUGUUUGGUUCGGCGACCAGUGGGGUCCAGCCAGCUUCUGCCACGACAGAUCCCUCGGCAUGGGGGUGCAUGUAGUCGGUGGCGAGGCGCAGGGGAGACAGGAUCCGCGAUUCACGGACCUUGAUGUGGAGAAGGAAGUCGGCGAGUUUCCACGUUGGUUCGAGCACUACAAGCAGGCGGCCGAGGCGACCCGGCAUGGCAUCCUGAUCUUGCAACUGACCUCGGGCUAUUUCAAGUCCAAGGCCUGCCGUUGGGAGUUCGGCUACCUACGUCAGCCCAAGCUGGUCCACGUCUUUGUCAUGAGCGCCCAGGGCCCGUGGAUCGUGACCUGGCAGCAGCUGGCUGCAAAUGUCGGCCUUUGCCGACAAAUCUUCGGAGGGCUCGAGAAGCUUGAUGCCACAGAGCAGGAACUGCAGCAGCGUUUCCGGCAGUUUGCUUCAAAGUCUCAUGACGUUUCGAGCAUGGUGGCAGUAUAUCGUGUGACCGAAGCCGCAAAUCUGGUCGGAGCCCAAGAGCACCAAUCAUGGUGCGAAUUGCCCUUGUGGGAGGUCGCCUACGCCCUAGCCAUCAGUGGCCCCGGCCAAGAGAGUUUGCAUGGCAUGGCGUCUGCUGAGAUGCUCAUGACGCUGUGUGUAGCGACAGGGCAAAGCAAGCGUGCUCUAGUUUUGGGGAGCCAUCUGCUGGAGAUCGUGCAAAGAAAGUUCGGGCCAGACGAUCCUGUUGUUGCUGGCAUGUUGAACAACGUUGCAACUGCCUAUGGAAAAAUCGGUAACCAGCAAGAAAAGACAAAGCUGCUCGAGAAGGCACUGGCAAUUGUGAAAAAGCGCUUUGGGCCAGAAAGUCUGGAAAAUGUCUCGAUCCUGAGCAACCUGGCAGAUGCUUAUGCAGCACUGGGAGACUUCGACAGAAAGAAGCAGCUAGGCACCACAGUGCUGGGCAUCGUGAAAAAACACUAUGGGCCUGAGGAUGUGGAGGUCGGCCAUGCCCUGUUUCUGUUGGGAAGUGCCUUGUGGCAGUUGGAGGAACUGCCGGAAGCCAGAAAGCACCUUGAGGAGGCCCUGAAGAUUCGCGAGAAGAGCCUAGGAGCUGAGCACCCCGAGGUUGCAGAAACAAUGAACAACCUUGGAGGGGUUUACUUGCAUUCAAAAGAGGCGGGGGACCACCAGAGGGCGAAGGACCUUUUGAAACGUGCCUUGAAGAUCAAGAUGAUGCAUCUGGAUCCGAACCACUUGGGACUUGCCAAGGUCCUGACAAACUUGGGACAUGCGCAUGCACGAUUGGGCGACCCAGGGAUGGCCACCGGCCGCCUCACAGCUGCCCUCCGGAUCAAGGAGCUGCACUACGGCCAAGAGCAUGUGGAGCUUGUUGCCCCAUUGGUCAACCUUGGACUGGCAUACAGAGACGUGGGCUUCCAUGAGCAGCAGAGGGCUGUCCUGCAGCGGGCCCUCACGAUUGAGGAGCAGCAUUUUGGGCGUGAGCACUGGAAGCUUGGCAGGACUCUGGGGUCCCUUGCCAAUGCACACUCCGCUCUCGGUAGCCAUCGGAGCCAACAGGAAUUGCUUCAGCGGCAGUUGAAUAUCGAAGAACAGCGCUACGGCCAGGACCACCAAGAGGUCGCCAUCACAUUGGUCAAUUUGUCCACUGCCCAUUCCAAGCUGGGUGAGCUUGCGCUUGCAGAGAAGCUCUUGAAGAGGGCGUUGCCAACCCUUGCACGCAACGAGGGCGUUGAUCCUUCGGCUCUGGAACUUGCCCAGACGAACCUUGCUUCUUUGAAUCGGUUGCAAGUUGCCGCCAGUGCCGAGGGAAGCCGCAUGCUCAAAGAGGCACGGGAGCACUUCGGCUCUGAGCUUCAGGAUUCCGCAGCUCUAGCAGAUCUGGCCUGUGACCCAGGCGAAAUCCACUUGCAGGUUGUGCUGCAGGAGCAUGUGUUGGAAAUCGAAGCCAAUCGGCAUGGCGAGCUCGAGAUGGUUGCUGACCGGCUACGAUCUCUUAGCCGGCUGUACGAGCACGUGGGCGAGCGGCAGAAGCGGAAAGAAGCAUUGCAGCGGGCCCUGCAGAUCGAAGAGCGACGGAAGUCGCCAGAAUUCCGAAAGCUGGCAGAGACGGUGCGUAUGCUUGCUGACCCGAGACUUUUGGACAACUGUGGCCAGCAGAUGAUGCUGUGGGCUCGUGCGCUUGACAUUCUAGAGCAGAACUUCGGUGCAGACGACGCCGAAGCAGCAGACUUGCGGGCCAACAUGCGUCGGCUCCAUUACAAUAUGCUUUUGCAGGCAACCCUCUACAAAGCUGCUCUCGAAGCCUGCAGCGACAUGCUUGACCUGGGGGACCAGUCGUCCUUGGCCAGGGCGAAGAUUGAGGAGGCGGAGGACGUCCUGAGGGCCACUCCAGCUUGGCUCGCAAGCUGA